AUGGAUGAUAUAACACCUCUAAAUCCGCCACGUCUCGCUCUUGCAGCAACCGACAAGACAAGUUUCGCGUAUCCAACAACACGCGAUCGUUGGCCGGUAAUUAUCACAAAGAUAAUCGAUGAUAUUUAUCGAACAUAUAAUUCCCUCAAAAAGGAGGAAAAUGAGACUGACUUAGAAUUUGAGACGAAACAAAAAGAAGCUAAAUCCAUAAUUGAAGAAAUCGGAAAGAUAAAAUAUCAAUUGCAAAGGGAUAAGCCGUUGAUCCCUUUAGAAGAUGACGGUGAGCCUGAUAUUCCAAUGUGGCAUAAUGUAUUCAACACUUAUUUUCAUGAUAAAACGUGGUACUCUGGUGCCUGGUUAUUCACCGAAUGCUACCUCUAUCGACUUUUACAUUCCGCAUUCGCCAAAACAAAAUAUUGGCGUAACUAUGAUCCAUGUUCACGACAAAAAAAAGAAACAUUCGGAUCAUCCUUUGCCGCCAUAGGUGAACUUGCUACACAAAAGCGUCGAAUUGUAUUUCAUGAAUUGGCACAGGUGUGUUUAUGGGGAAAUGCCACUGAUUUAUCAAUACUAACUAAUCUUAGUGGGGAUGAUAUCGAGAAGUUACAAAAGGCUGGACGAGGAACGGAGGCGCUUAAAGAAUCGGAAAAAAACAUUUUGGCAAAUGAUUUGGAUCAGGUUUGGGAAGAGAAGCUGAAGAAUUUAAGGAAUGGUAGAAUUGAUUUUAUAUUGGAUAAUGCCGGAUUCGAGUUAUACGUUGAUAUGGUAUUCGCUGAUUGGUUAAUACAAGCCGGAUAUGCAUCAGAAAUCCAUUUUCACGCGAAAAGAAUUCCAUGGUUUGUUUCUGACACGACACCCACAGAUUUUCAUUGGCUUCUUUCAUCCAUAUCAAAUCCAUCUUCUUCAUUCUCCGCACAGCAACGAUCCGAUCUCAUAGAAUUAUCCACACGCUGGAACUCGUACCUGGAAAACAAGCGAUGGAUCCUGCAAACACAUCAAUUCUGGACAUCGCCGUACGCGUAUUGGCAUUUACCCUAUGAAGCACCCGAUUUAUUCGCUGAUCUAUGUAAAGCGGAUCUAGUUCUGGUAAAGGGAGAUUUAAAUUAUCGUAAAUUGGUGUAUGAUUGUAGAUGGGAGUUUACGACCCCUUUUGUUGUUUCUAUUGGUUCAUUGGCAACAAUCGAGGGAGUGCCCGCUAUUCUGGCUUUGAGAACUUGUAAGGCAGAUGUGAUUGUUGGUUUGCCUGCCGGUGUUGAGGAAAAGAUGAAAGCAAGUGGGGAGACCAAUUGGUUGUAUUCGGGGAAAUAUGCUGUUGUACAAUAUAGUCCCGGAAAAAAAGGAUCAUCUAAUUUAUGA